CCUGGCCCUGACGUCAGGGGAAGGCGUGCGGAUGCGUGUGUGUGUGUGUGUGUGCGAGGCGCACAUCAUACACACAUCAGAUACCGCAGAUCCAUCAGCAGGCUGCUGGCAGGCAGGCAGGCACGCAGCCGGAGAAAGCCCCCAGAGCCGGGCUGCAGGCGAGACCGCUGCUCCUCGCAAGGUAGCAGAGGAGCGUUUGGCCCUGCCGAGCACCGAUGCUUUGCAGAGCGCAGCUCCAGGGAGCCCGUCACUGCUAAGGAGGUGACAGGCAGCAGACCCACACACCUGGGCACCCUUUCUCCUGCUGCCCACGCACCCAUCCACAAAACGGAGGAGCCCACCGACCCCACCAUGUCGUCGGACCCCAGCGCCCCACCGGCGGUGCCACCCCUGCAUUCCCCCAAGUCACCGGUGUGGCCCACCUUCCCCUUCCAGCGGGAAGGCAGCCGCAUCUGGGAGCGGGGCAACCUCCUGCUGCGGGACCUGCCCAGCCCCCUCCCCACCAAAAGGACCAGGACCUACUCAGCGACAGCUCGUGCCUCUGCCGGCCCCAUCUUCAAGGGCGUCUGCAAGCAGUUCUCUCGCUCCCAGGGCCAUGGGUUUAUCACCCCUGAGAACGGCACAGAGGACAUUUUUGUCCACGUGUCUGACAUUGAGGGGGAGUACGUCCCAGUGGAGGGGGAUGAAGUGACGUACAAGAUCUGUCCCAUCCCUCCCAAGAACCAGAAGUUCCAGGCAGUGGAGGUGGUCCUCACCAACCUGGCACCCCACACAAAGCACGAGACAUGGUCUGGCCAGAUCAUCGGCUCCUAGGCGCCCAGGGGGGCUGCCAACUGCUCAGCCCCAUGGAGCAAGCCUGCCCAGCUACUCGUGGGGGGCACAGGGGGAGCUGAGUUGGCGAUGGGGCUGGGGCUGCCCCCAAACACGCAGGCGUUUGCAUUCAGUGUCUUUUAUAAGGUUACGGUUUCCUUUCUCUGUGUGUGUUUGUAAGUGUCUGUCGAGGGGGACGGGGGAAGCAGAGCCCUCCCCUGCUGCCCCCCAGCUCCGGGGGCAGUGCUGAGCCCCAUGUCCCCUUCCUUGCCCCUGAGGCCAUUGGGGAGCAGGAGAACCAGUCCUAACCCCCAACCCCCCUGCUGCCCGGGGCUGAAGAAGGUGCUGAGAGCAGGAGGGGGCUGGGGGGAGGCUGGCAGGGCUCAGCUUGUCCUCCUGAACCCCUUUCUGGCAAGACAGGCACCCCACUUGGCCCCGCUGCCCACAGCAUGGCAGCAGUGGGGCAUGCCAUGGGGCUGGGGGGGAAACAGGGUGGUGUGGGGCGGCGUAUCACUGUGCAAGGACUGGGUGGCUGAGACCCAUCCCCAUCGCUGGCAGCUCACAGCACCCACCUGAGCCACAGCCCUCCAUCAAAAGAUCUCAGGUCAGCAUUGCCACAGGGAGGCGAGUGGCUUACAGAAAGAGAAGAACUUAGUUUUAAGGGGCAAAUGGCUGCUGGCAGGGCACUGGGGGUGCUCGGUGUUGUGCCCAGGGGCUGUGCCUGGGCAUGGGGCAGGGGUGCACUUGGCACCUCUGUGCUCCCCACUGCCACUGGACCAGUAACACACUUUUCUUGGCUUGGUGCUGACAUGGUUUUGGGGAGAUGGCCACCUUCUCCUCCUCCCCUUGUCCCCCCAGCCCCCUGGGGACCCCCCUUCUUACGUGUGUGUGUGUGUGCGCGCGUGUGUGUGCAUGUCCGUAGCUUGCCGGGGGUGGAUAAGGAGUUUGAGUAGCCUCUGCCAUGAGGCGAGGGCGGCCACCUCCUCCCCAACCCCUCGGUGUAGGCAGGGUAUUGUAUACAAAGCACAAACUUUGGUCUUGGUCUUCUCUGCCAUACCCUGGCCAGGUGGGCUCCCGUGGCCCCGGGGAGGGACAGGGCAGAGGGCGGCGGGCCAGGGGUGGCAUGCAUCCGGGCCUGAACUGACCCCAGAGAAACAGUGCCUGCACCAACGAUCCAGAGAUUAUCAGCAUCUUAAGGAGGUUAUUUCAAAGCAGGGCAAGCAGCCCCCUGAGCGGGGUGGGUGACGAUGGCUGGCUCCCCAGGCACCCACAUGGUGGGAGCUGCCAGCGCUGCCAUUCCUCAGCACCGAUGGAGAAAGGUGUUUUCCACUUCUCUUGCUGCUGCUGUUGCAGUGGGGGCAGGGGUCUGCCGUAAGUGGGGAGAAGAGAGGGGCAAGGCUGGCACCACAUGGGACAGCUGGGGCCCUGUGGGUUCGGGAGGACCACUGCACGCUGCCCCAGCCCAGGCUGGCGUGAGGACUUCCCCGGGACCCUGCAGCCCAUCUCACUGCCAACCCAAAGCCCGGCUCACUCAGGGGCUGCGGCAACACCAGCUCAGGCCCCAGGAAUCCCCAGGACACGCAGUCAGCUUGGCCAAGGCAAACUUUGUUUGAUUCUUUUUUUUCUCCUCUCUUUUUUUUUUGGAAAUAAACUAAACCCUAGACUUGUUCGUGUUUUUACAACUCCAGUGUGGUUCCCGCCUGUCUGACCGUGUGUCAACCUUUGUAACAUUGGCAAUAAACCAUUAAAAGUGACUUUCCCAUCA